UAAAAAAUGUCGCAGCUAGAUCCUGCUUUACGACGAACAAAACAACCCGGAAAAUAGUUCGUCAUAGCUUUUUACUUUUUACUCAACAUAAUACUGUACAUCGAAAUAAUCUGGGAUCCUUUCCCAACUAUUUGCAAAACUAAUAGUGCAAAGAUGAAAGAGCAUGAAUGUAUUAUAUUGUGAUAGAGGCUCUCUGAAGUCAGAUCUGCAGUAGUGCGCAGGCGCUAAAGUUGCAUUGCUGCGGUCACCUGCCGCUGUUGGGGCUGCAGACCGACCAAACACAACCUACCGUUUGUUGUGGCCGCUGGCCCAAUUACCCUGCAGAAAACUGCACUCUCCUGUCCAGGAUUAGGACAACGUUUGGCGUACAGGGUUUACAUUUUACAAAAUAGUGCAGUGUUGAUGUGAUGCUGAAGGAACAGGCUGUGGAGCACUGAGUCUUCCAUGGCUGUUAGCACCAUGGACUCGGAGUCAGCCCGGACACCUCAGCCUCAGGCUGCCCUGACUAUAGGAGGUCCCUCCCUGCUGCCUGCUGAUGCUCUGAGUGCCAGGCCGGGCACUCAAGGGAAGCACUACGUCUGCGGCUCCAUUGCAGCUUUUUCCAACAUCUUGGUGACUUUCCCCAUCCAGAAGGUGCUGUUCCGCCAGCAGCUGCACGGUGUGUUGGCCACUGAGGCGGUGCGGCAGCUCCAGAGGGAUGGGCUAAGGAAUCUUUACCGGGGCCUGCUGCCCCCGCUGCUCCAAAAGAGCACUACAGUUGCCAUCAUGUUUGGCCUGUACGAGGACUUCUCUAGAGUUUUACUAGACCAGGCUGGUGGCAGCGGUGUGCCGGACCUGGUCACCCGAAGCUUUGCUGCAGCAUUGGCAGGAACCGCAGAGGCCAUCCUGACGCCAUUUGAGCGCGUGCAGACUCUCCUGCAAGACCAUCGACACCACGGGCGCUUCAACAACACUGGCCACACCUUCCGGACACUUCUUACUGAGUAUGGUGUCAGAGAAUGCUACCGUGGCCUGGUGCCCAUACUUCUCCGUAAUGGCCCUAGCAAUGUGUUCUUCUUCGGGCUCCGCGGGCCCAUUAAGGAGCAGCUCCCAGAAGUCACUAGUCGGGCAGGUCACAUGGUGAAUGAUUUUGUGUGUGGAGGUUUGUUGGGGGCAGCCCUUGGCAUCAUGUUCUAUCCAUUAAAUGUGGUCAAGUCCCGGGCUCAGUCUCAGGUUGGUGGAGACUUCCAGCCUUGCAGGAAGGUGCUGCUAACCGUGUGGAGAGAGAGGGGUGGCAGUCUGGCCAUGCUCUUCAGAGGGGCCCACCUCAACUACCACCGUUCACUGCUGUCCUGGGGGAUCAUCAAUGCCACCUACGAGCUGCUGCUGAAGCUCAUGUAAGAGGGAGAAUGGAGAUGACAAAAAAAGAGAUCUAGAAAGGAGGAGAAAGCAUUUUAAAAGGGAAAAACCUGUAUGGAGUGAUGGAACCAGUUUGUUGAGAAGAAAGGAAAUCGUAAAGUAAAGCCGAUGCACUUGCGGUCCGGCCCUGUUUUGGGACACUAGGGUUUCCAUGAUUUAAAGACAUCAGGGAAGUUGCACUUCUGACAGGGGCCAACAGUCAGUGUGAAAUAAGCCACCUGCCACAUGCCAUGACUAUUUAUUGUUGUCAAAAUAUUUAAAAUAAAAAACAAGUCACACGCUUUAGUCUAUACAAAACUUGUGCCAGGGUCCAAUUAAAAUGCCCUUGUUUGCUCUCUGUACAGAAAUGUUGUGGAGCAUUACUUGACAGCGCUUUACUUGACUGGAUAAGCUGUUUCUUCGUAUGUGCUGUGUGCUGUGGUGUUUUGUAGACAACAUCCAUCUUUUUGUUUGUUUGAAGAGUUAUUCUGUGAGGCUGCCACUUGACUGAAACACUUUUGUACUUUUGACCGUUGAAAUUCCCCAACAUUUAUUGUCAAGGAGAGUGUAAUAAAUUGAGUGUUGGCCAUUUUA